AUGGGCAAUCAGGUGGUACGCGGUGGAAACACAUCGCACAAGAAAACGGAAUCGGCGACCGCGACGGGCGGCGUCGGUAACGGGAACGGGAAUCACGGCACCACGAACGUCACCUCUGCCACCGUCUCCAAGAGCGAGCCGGACUCUCAUCACAACUCUCACACGCAAUUCCACCCGAUCGAGAGCCUCGCCAAGAUACUAUCGCAUCAUGCCUAUCAAGAGACACAUGUCAACGGCAUUACUAUGUCUGUCUUCGAAACAUACUUAUUUCCCACUCAUCCAGAACUGAGUGAAAAACUCUUCACCUAUUUACACCACAAUGCCCAUAGCACAACCGCAUACAUAAGUACAAAUGCCUUCAAGCAGCAAGCAGAAAAAUUUUUGUCGGUGAUGAAUGACCAAGCUAUACUCGAAAAUUACAUAAAGAUGUAUUCUGACAUGAAAAACGGCGGUAACGUUACCCCUGAAACGCUGCGAGCGUUGUUGAUGUGCUGCUAUCAGCUAGCGAUGGAAAAUAACAGCACCAGUUCGUGCCUUCACUCGCAACAGAUAAUAAAUGCAGUUGUCGUUUCAUGCUUUCACGGCAAGAGUAACUUGUCCACGAGUUACGUGAGCAAUUGGAUCGGGCAACACUGCCCGCGCCUAGUGUACGGCCUACAGCGAUACGUAAUACACGUAUUAACGACUGCUUAUCGCAACGGUAAAGUACUUUUGUCGAAGGAGCAACCGCAACCUCCAGUGGAAGUAUUUACUCCCGUAUUGGAAAAGUCGGAUCGAGAGUUUCCUCAAACAAACUCGUUACCAAUAAGCUAUGUCUGGCUGUUAUCGUGUACGCUACCGCAGUGCUACCUCCAGACCAACGAUUCACCGAAGGACAUAACUCACGCUUUGAUAGCCAGAAGAACAGGCAGUAUUUGUCCAAGGCAUUGGACGUUACUGUACAAUAGCGGAGAGCACGGAGCCGGAGCUAAUCGCUUCCUUCACCAUGUAUUAAGUUACAGAGGUCCAACUUUGCUAAUUAUAAGAGCAACUAGCGUAGAGAGGGACGAGGAAUGUCCGACGUAUUGCAUAUGCUCGGCCGACGAGUGGCGUGAGAGUCAUCUCUAUUGGGGCGAUGAAGACUCGGUGGGCAUUCAACUAACUCCGUCCUACAGAAUCAUAGAGAAAGGUCCGAAGAUACUAUAUCUGAAUACGAACAUCAGGGGCUAUCCGCAUGGUUUGCGACUCGGUAGCGAUCCGCGCUCGCCGCUUAUCAGUAUCGACGAAUCAUUCCACUCGGUGUCUAUCGCCGGUGCGCCUUAUCGCAUCGCCAGCCUGGAAGUCUGGGGUUGCGGCGAUAUGAAGUUGAGGGAAAAACAAUUGGAAAUCAAGAAAUGGCAGGUGAAGGAGGCGGAAAAGCAGAGGGUCGUCAAGAUGAGCGCGAGUGACUGGCUGGACCAUCCCGAUCGUUACUUACUAGAACUGGCUGGUAGAGCGUCUUACAAUGAGUCUAACAAGUAGAGUCGCGUGAGGACACGCGCGCGCGUGCGCGCGCUUAAAUAACUGCUCAUAUUGCUACUUUACAUGCCUUGUACAUAUGUAUAUAGCAAAGAUAUUAUCACCGGAGUUUCUGUACUUAUGUUGGUGUACGAAGAACGUACGCACGAAAUGUGAUUAUUAUGUGACUUACGUGAAAUACAGGGACUUAUGCUUGAUGUACUUAAGCACAAGUGCCAGUUGGUAAUCGUCU